AUGAAUAUUUGGAGAGAGCGGCAUGGUCAUAUCGUAAAUCGUGUAUGGGAUUUGCGUCAAGAUAAGCUAAUAAAUAACAUCGAUUCCAGAAAAGUCAUCUUCGUCACCCAUAGAUGGAACGAUGUUGAGGUUGGUUAUCAAGAUACGAUGGAAAGUAAACAAGCUCAUGGCCACGCAGUUGGUAUUAGCGAGAUGUCAAGAAAGCUACAUCGUAUUAAGAAAGUGUUGCAAGAAUAUACAGACUACGUAUGGAUCGACACAAUUUGCAUUGACAAAUCAAAUUUAUCAGAGCUUGAUGAAGCUAUUCGUUCAAUGUACAAAUGGUAUGCUAGCUGUGCCGCUGUUGUACUUGAUUCAAAUACUACUCUGAAAGUCUGGCGCAGCAGAGGAUGGUGUCUACAAGAAGGAGCUGCCGCAGGUAUUCUGCGCGGAAUUACACAGGAAGGGAAGCUUGCCACAAUCCAGCAAUUGGCUAAUGAUCAAGAUCAUAACCUCUGUACUCUCGAUCUUCACUUAUGCUAUCGUAUAGGAAAUGCUUCUGAGAUAUUGGCAAGGAUGGAUGUUCGAAAGACAACUCGCGAUGAAGAUAUGGCUUAUGCUUUGGCGGGAAUCUUUUCCAUCGACUUGACAUUGUCCUAUGGCGAAGGAAGCCGAUCUCGCGCGAGACUAUUGCAUCAGCUCGCAAUUCAACACGGCGAUUUGUCCUUCUUAAGCUUCCAGAUCUCACAGACGACGUAU